AAGCGUUUGGUGUUCGUCAAGUAUUUCGCGGUCGUGAGUUGGUCGCGCGUGCGUGGUGUUUGUUGGUAAUACGACGGACUACGUGGCGUAGCGGAAGGACAUCGUGGGUGUCGCGCGCGUUUUCCUUUUUGAGAAAGUGCUGGGAGUUUUGGAAAUAGCGAAGCCGACGGUGGCGGGGUCGGAGGGUGCAGGGCCCGGUGGCACUUGGAAAGUUUGUCUCGGUGGUUUCCUGGAGCUUCCGCGGCCGGUGGCUGACUCGGGUUGUUGACGUCUGCUGCCCCGGACGUGCACGCGGGGUGUCACUGGUUCAAGAGACCGCGAGCUCCCGGCGUCAUAACCACCCGGUCCAGCAGUGUAGAAUGUUACCGAGCCAGGUCGGGUCGGUACCACCAGGAAACGGGUCAGGAAGAAGCAGCACGGGGCACGCGGUCGGCAGCGGGAUUCGUCCCGUCCUGGUCCGGGCCGGCCAGGUUCUACAGGGGGUCGGCGAAGGUGCCGGGCGCAGAGAGGUGGAGAUGCUGGGGGCCAAUGGUCCCGGCGGUCCGAGAGGCGUGAGGUCCGGCAACGGGACCGCCGUGAAUCCCCUGCAGAGCGCCGUCCAGGGCACCAUGGUGGGCUUGAACACUGGAGUUGUGCUGCCGCACGGAACCAGGUUCGACGCGGACCGAGAGAGCGCGCAUCAGUUCAGCGGCUCCGAGAACGACUCGGACUCGGGGGAUGACGACGACCCGGUGGGUUCACUCGGGGACAGCAGGAGAGGGGUGAAGCGGGAGAGAGGCGAGAUGGAAGCGGUGGUCCUGGGGCCGGACGUCGGCGUGACCCCCGGAGCGUACGGCAUGGUCCCGGGAGGGGUUGCCGGGGCCAAGCCGGGCAAGAAGACUCGCGGCCGCGUCAAGAUCAAGAUGGAAUUUAUUGACAACAAGUUGAGACGCUACACCACGUUCAGCAAGAGGAAGACCGGGAUCAUGAAGAAGGCUUAUGAACUCUCCACCCUGACAGGCACUCAGGUCCUGUUACUCGUGGCUAGUGAAACUGGUCAUGUCUACACAUUUGCGACGCGUAAACUCCAGCCCAUGAUCACCAGUGAGACCGGCAAAGCCCUGAUCCAGACAUGCCUCAACUCACCAGACUCCCCGCCACGCUCGGACCCCUCAACAGACCAGCGCAUGAGCGCCACCGGCUUUGAGGAGACGGACCUCACGUACCAGGUCUCUGAGUCCGAGAGCAUGGGCGACACCAAGGACGCCCUGAAGCCCACCUUCACGGUGGCCGGCAUCCCGGGGAGCACCAGCAGCGCCCAGUCCACCGUGCCCACCACCUCCACCACCAUGCAGGUGAGCAGCGGCGGCUCCUUCCCCAUCACCAACUACAUGGCGCCCGCCUCUGCCACCGCCAACGUCUGCGCCAACGGGACCGUCCUGAAGACCACGAGCGCUCCGACCGGGGUGAUGCAGCUCCCUGGGGGCUUCACGUUCAUGCCCGCAGGCACUGCUCUCCCCCCUGGCACUCCCACCAUUCCUCUCAGCCAGCUGCAGCAGCACUCUCUGGCCCUGCAGGGGCAGCACGCUCAGGCGCUGACCACCGGCCCGCAGCUUCAGCAGGGACAGCCGGCUGUCUUCCGCUUCCCUGCUGCUGUCUCUCUCACAGGAGCAGGUGUGCCGCAGCAGUUGCAGGCCAUUCAGGUGCAUCCCAACAGCCAGUCCAACAGUGACAGCAGCCCGGAGAUGUCACACUCUUCUACCAACUCCACCACCACAGUGAGCCUCCCGGCAACCAUCGUCACCUCAUCCAUGCCAACGUCUGCGUCAGGUCACAUGAUGUACCCCAGCCACCACGCGGUGAUGUACGCCUCCACGCCGGCGCUGUCCGACGGGGGCCUGGCGGUGCUCAACGCCUUCCAGGGCACGCCGGCCAUGCAGGUGUCACACGGCCAGGCACAGGAUUCAGGUGCUGUCCCUCAGGUGUUCCUCACUGCACCCCCGGGCACUGUGCAGAUCCCCGUCACAGCCGUGCAGCUACAUCCAGUACGGCAAGAUCUGCAUUUUACAAAUGGUGAUUGGCCAGCAGCCGAGCGGCAGCAGCAGUAACCUGACGGAGCUUCAGGUGGUCAAUCUGGACGCAGCACAGACCUCGAAGAGCGACUGACCGCAGCUGUCCGACCCCCCACAGACUGACUAUUUAUUGAUGCCUUCCUACAGACGUCGCACAACUGUAACUACACACAAUCAAGGGCAAAUGUGUGUCUCUGACCUUUAUACAGGAUGUUUUACUAUAUAAAUAAAUAUAUAUAUAUAUAUAUUCUCGACUGCAUAGGAUAUUAAUCACCGUCAGUGGAAACAUUUCUAUGCUGUUAGGUGGAGUUUCUUUUCUUUCUUGGUGUGUGUGUUUUUCAUUUUGACCUAUAACAUACACACGCACACACUGUAAAGUGCCGGAGCUUCACACCAGCCAAAGAGACAUGAGCCUGUCUGAAUGUUCCAGUGUGAGCCAGGCAGACGUGUGUUUGCAUAUCAGAGGUCUGCAAAUAGGCAGCCGUUGACGUUCGGAACUGUAUAUAGUUUUAUUUUGGAGCAAGAAAAAGUGUAUUUUUAGGACGAGUAGUUUGUGUUACAGCAUGUUGGUGUUUUUCUACGUAGUGGUUUUUGUAUGUCCAUGGAAAUGAUUUGCAGCUAGAUCGAUGUACAUUAAUUUAAAGCACCGUUACGUGACAAAAUGUUGGAGGGGUUUUCUUUUUGUCGCAGGAGACGUGAUAGAAAGUGUCAACAUGGCCACGUCACAGGUCAAAGCAUCAUGUUGGAAGAUGUAAAGGGAUUUUUCAGAUCAAACAGCAUAUUCUUCUGAAAAGACGAAUGUUCAACACCGUGUUUAGAAAGUUUUUCUUUUCUUUUUUUAAAUAAACAGUCGACUCCCAAUGGUAAACCUUUGGGUUGGCAAACUGACACUCCAUCACCGAAUCAUGUGCCUGAAAUAUUUGGAGGGUUUACAUUAAAUAUGUCGUUCUACUGAAACCAUUUGCCCCGUCAAUACUAAAAAUGAAUAAAUAAUGUACCCAAAAGGUUUUUGUUAUAAUGGUGAACAUGACUUAAGAUGUCUUUGAGAUCAACAACGGUUUAAAAUCAGACAUAAAGGAUUUAAAAGAUUAUAUGGCCUUAAUAAUACCUUGUGGAAGGACGUCAUCGCCGGUCGAACUUCAAAAAAAAAAAAAAAAACUUGCAGUAGUUGGGUGAAGUGACUUUUUUUCAGAGCCCAGAAGAUGGCGCAAUCUUUGACCGCUCAUCCUCCCACGGUCCGGAAGUGUUUCACGGUUAACUGUGUGUUGGAUGUCAAGACCGUCCACUAUUCACGUUAGUUACGCUGAACAUAAUGAAAGAAUGAACCAACCAAAUACGAAACUCAAGAGUCGCCUGUGCGUCCGUUUGUGUGUCCACUAGUUUGAUCAAAAUCUGUACCAUUGUGCCUCAAGAAACCUUCCUCCUCAUGUCACCGGAAGAAAUUUGACAAGAUCAUGUGAAAAUGGAUCAUUUUGAAACAAGUGAAUGGACUGGCAAGAUGGUGUAUUUUUGCUUUAUUGACAUUUCGUAAUAAAACAGGAUUAAACAAAGUGUUGAAAGAGACUGACUUCCUUCUCUUUUGUUUUGGAUGAACUCACGCAUCAGAAUACCAGCGGCAAUGAGGAAUAAAUAAACCUCCACAGGUGAGUGAGGUGAACAUGCACCUUUUUUUUUGAAAGAAUACCUUUGAAUUGCACAACAAUGAAGCGCAUUUAUGCACUGAAACAGAGAAGCAACAGUGAUUGGUCGCAGCUGAGAGGGAAACUAAAUUGGCAUCAAGUCCCUCGCUCACACUUGAGUCUCGGCUAAAAGUUUGGGACCAGGUUGGUGGAAGUCUGAUAGACUUGAAAGGUGACAGCUGAGGAAGGUGUUAAAAGGCACCACUUUUCACUCGAGCCAUCAAAACAGACCAAAAAAGACCUUGCAUAAAAUAAGCAAACGUGGACACUAAUGUUCACGUAAUAGGCAACAAAAGAAGGCAACAGAGACAAAUAUUAUCAAGUCAACAUGGGUCACAUUGAAGCCAAAGCAGCAUGUUGCAAAAAUAUGGCUCUGAAGUGGAAAAUAAAGACGAGUGGAUGCGGAUGUAACAAAACCUGAAUCUGAAAAGAGACACUGCAAUCUAACUCUUAACCUUGCACAACUACUG